UAAGCAGAAGUCUGCGCGGAUUUUUUCACGGUUUAAAAAAGUAAAAGAAAAAGAAAAAGGGGGAGUGAGUAUUCCAAUUUCCUCUCCUCUCGUGACUGGCUUUCUCACUGAACACGUAACCGACAUAAUCAACAAGAGUAACGUCAUCUCAGGAUUAUUCUUAUAUAUCUGGGAAUUUUUAAUGUUCUCUGCAGAUUUCCUUGCACGCAGUGGGAUAUAAUUUUAUUGUAUAUUUGUUUGUACCGAAUGUAAGUAGAUCUAGUUAGAAGAAGAGAGAAGGUCUGUGUGUAGGAGGACUGGUCUGCUUACAUUAUAAGCAUUGUUUAUCAUCUGAAUGACAUCGGAAUCAUUUUUUUGGGUUGGGAGAAAUUGAAUUUUGGGUUCGGAGUUGGGUCAAAUGGGCAUGUCUGAAACACGCUCUGAAGAGCAUUUGGAUUUAAGUGCAUCAGAAAAUAAUGAUGUUAUUUUGAGGAGAGAUGUGGGGAUUUCUAUGAGAGAAAAUGGAAAUGGGUAUCCCAUCAAGCGCUUUCACUCCAAUGGAUUGGACCUCCACCAAGAAGCGCAAAAAGUCAGUGGUGUUGUUAAGGGGGGCAGGCUUCAUGGGUCUGGCAGAAAGAGUGGUAGUUCGUGGCUUUGUAGCGUUCUGAUUUGUAUUGUGAUUAUGUGCUUCUUGACCCAGUCUCUGCUGCAAGACACUCUGACGACAUUUAUCGGACCAAUUGAAUCUUCUCGCCCAGGUUAUAGUCAUGAGGUUGAGGUUGACCUUUCUCAAUCUCUGGAAAAUGACAACAAUGUGAAUUUGUCUGCUCUGGCAAAUCCUGCUUAUUUUGGAGAUAACAUCAAGUUCAUGCCUUCCAAGAAUUUGGGAGGUGGCAGAAAUCUACAAAACAGGCACGGAGAGCCCCAUGUCCAUCCAAUCAGGCAUCCUCGUCUUGCAAUUGUAUGCUCUGAUCUUUCAAGAAGCCCUGGCCUUCUUUUUUUGUUUACUGUUGCAACCAGUCUACAAGCUCUUGGAUAUGACCUAGAGUUAUUUUCACUUGAAGAUGGACCAAUGCAUGCUGUCUGGGAGAAUUUGAGAACGUCUGUUAAUAUCCUGCAAGGUGGCUCAGAACAAGAAGUCAAAGUAGACUGGUUAAGUUUUGAUGGUGUGUUCGUGAACAGUCUUGACGCUAAAAUUUUUGUUAGUAGUCUUAGGCUGGAACCUUUUAAUGCAGUGCCUCUGAUAUGGGCCAUUCAUGAGAAUGAACUCGGUAUACGCCUUAAGGAGUACACAUCUAGUCAACAGAUGGAAAUACUGAAUGAUUGGAAGGAAACCUUUCAUCGUGCUGAUGUGGUUGUAUUUGAUGAUUAUACGAAGCCGAUGAUUUACUCUGCUCUUGAUUCUGGAAACUUUGUCGUUAUUCCUGGCUCUCCCAUUGAAACAUGGGAGGUGGAACAUUUCAUGGCUACACAGAAGAAAGAAGAUUUGCGUAAACAACUUGGUUUUAAUUUGACAGAUUUUGUUAUUGUGGUUGUGGGAAGUCCGUUCAUUUAUAAAGGAAUUUGGUUGGAGCAUACACUAGUAAUGCAGGCAAUGCUGCCCCUGUUGUCAGAGUUUAAUAAGGAUAGUGAUAAAGAUGUGCCAUUAAAACUUGUAAUAAUGAGUGGCAACUCAAGUACCUAUGGCACGGCUUUACAGGCAGUUGCUCGUCAAUUGGGAUUUCCAAUUGGAAGUAUACAACAUGUUGGGGUUGAUGGACAUGAGAAUAUCAUAUUGAGAAUUGCUGACUUAGUAAUAUACAGCUCAUUGCAUGAAGAACAGGCAUUUCCGGCUAUCCUGCUACGAGCCAUGGCUUUUGAAAAACCAAUUAUUGCUCCCAACCUCACCAUGAUUCAAAAAUAUAUUAAGGAUGGAAAACAUGGGCUUCUUUUCCCUGUUGGCAAUGUUAAUAUGAUGACAAAGGCAAUGUCACUAGCAAUAUGGAAUGGUGGAUUAUCAUUUCUAGCUCGUCAAAUUGCUUCAGCUGGCAGAUUACAUGAGAGGAAUGUAAUGGCAUCGGAUGUUAUCGUUGGCUAUGCCACUUUAGUUGAGAAUGUUUUGCAAUUUCCCUCUGAAGCUUUGCUUCCCCUACAUGCAUCACAGCUUCCAGAGAAAGUAAAAAAGGAAUGGCAAUGGGAAUUAUUUACAGACACCUUCAAAUCAAGGUCUGAGUCUCUACACCAAAGUUCUAAAAAACACAGCGUGAUAUUCCAAGUGGAAGCUCUGUGGAGAAACUGGCAUCACAUGGCAAAGUCUUUAUUAAAAUCUAGCUAUAGAAAGGAUGAAACAAUAGACUUGCCUUCCUGGGAGGAAGAGAGAGCCAACGAAAUUGCAGAGGGCAUCAAGAUACGUGAGGAAGCACAGCUGGAAGAGAGAAAUAUGGAGCCAAAACACACUUGGGAGGAUUUGUAUCGGGCUGUUAAACGGAUCGAGAGAACAAAAGAUGAGCUGCAUGAAAGAGAUGAUGGUGAACUGGAAAGAACUGGGCAGCCACUAUGCAUCUACGAGCCUUACCAUGGACAUGGAACAUUGCCUUUUCUACAUCAUGGUGCACUCUACCGUGGAAUAGGACUUGCUAAAACAAGCUUUAGAAAUGGGACUGACGAUGUGGAUGCAACUGCUCGACUUCCACUUCUUAAUGAUGCAUACUAUCGGGAUGCACUUUGUGAAUAUGGAGCCUAUUUUGCCAUUGCAAACAGAGUGGAUCAAAUACACAAGAAUCCUUGGAUUGGAUUCCAAUCUUGGCGAGCAGCUGGGAAAAAGGUUUCUCUUUCUGCAGUUGCUGAAAAGGAAUUGAUAAAUGCAGUUACAACAGCCAGGCAUGGAAAUGCUGUAUACUUUUGGGUGCGGAUGGACAAGAAUGUUGGACAUACUACACAAGGAUCUGCCUUACAACAGAAAGAUUUCUGGUCGUUUUGUGAUGCCAUUAAUGCAGGGAAUUGCAGGACCAUCUUCACUGAUGCAUUCAAAAAUAUGUACAACCUGCCUGAAACAUGGACCGGGCUUCCACCUAUGCCAUUAGAUGGAGACUCCUGGUCAGUUCUGCACAGUUGGGCAAUGCCAACUUCAUCGUUUUUGGAAUUGGUUAUGUUUGCAAGAAUAUUUGUGGAUUCCAUAGAUGCACAACACUAUGAAGAGCAUCGGAAGAAUAGUACAUGCUGCCUGAGUGUGUCAAAGAUGGAGAAUCAGCAUUGCUAUUGCAGGCUUCUGGAGUUGCUUGUAAAUGUGUGGGCAUAUCACAGUGCAAGAAAGAUGGUUUAUGUGAAUCCAGAAACAGGUUUAAUGCUAGAGCAACACAGGCUAGAGAACCGGAAAGGUCAAAUGUGGGUAAAAUGGUUCAAUAUUAGUAGACUGAAGGCCAUGGACGAGGACCUGGCUGAAGUAGCAGAUUAUGAACAACCUGCAAAAAGAUGGCUAUGGCCCCGUACUGGAGAAAUAUUUUGGCAAGGAAUAUAUGAAAGAGAACGUCAGCAACAGUACCGUUUAAAGAUGUCAAAAAGGAGGAGGAGCAAGCAAAAAAUAGAUCGGAUGCGCAGUAAAUACAGGCAGAAGGCCCUUGGUAAAUACAGGAAACCACCCCUUCCAGAAGUUGGGAAUAGACAAAUGGAGGAUCACCCUGCUUAGAAAUGCAAAACAUUGACGUCUUUCUGGCAAGUAGAUUUGCAGAUUAGACCCUCUUCUUGGCAGUUUACAGGCAACUACACAUCUUUCAAACCAAGUGGCAAAGGCAUGAUAUCUUCCUAGAACAGUUGUCUGUUAUAUUUUGGUUUCCACCUUGAUGUCUUCUUUUCUCUAUACAAGGCAUCCAUAUUUUUACCUCUGAGGUUUGCACUUUGUUUUUACAGAUUUUGAAGUCUUUGCUACAAUUCUUUUGCCCUGGGAACCUGCUGUCUGUGGCCUUUCAGAGAGAUUAAUUCUAUAUAUAAUGCGGAGAGCAACUUGCAUCAGCAAUUACAGAAAUCAUAUUUUAUUGACCAUAUGAAAGUCUUGUAUUCAGUCCCUGAAAUGAGGGUAAUUCAAAAGAAUAUCAUCAAUAACCAGAAAUUUUUGUAUAUGCUGAAAUUUGUGUAUUGUAAAAUUAAUUGUCAGAAUGUAAUCUCUGCUGUCACUCUUUGAUACUAAAGUUAUCAGGUGCUCCCUGAGAGAAAAUAUUGUUCUCAAGUGAAGAAUGAUUAGAGCUACAUCCAGAUUUCUGCAAUUUUCUUCUGUUGCUUCUCACGUACCAGGGUAACCAAUGCCCAAUUAACCAAGAAUCAUGGCAUCAAGUGUAAUAUGUUAACUUUUCGGUUUUGAAUUCACUGUUAAUGAAAUCCCAAACUCUAUGUCA